AUGGGUGCAUACUUCGCUAUCAAGUUAUCUACACUUAUGCCCAAGAGACGUGUUCGGAAUUUUAAAGAUGCGACAGUAUUUCGAACAUCAUUCUGCAUAGUGUCUGGACCGCAAACGUAUACGCCAAGCGAGUUAGUAGAUGUCAUCUCAAUUGCCACCCUUUUCACAACUCCUGGCAAGUCGGGUCGACCGUGGAGUUCGUCGAAUGCUACCGGAAUUUCGGUCCCCUUUUCGAUUCCUGAUUCUUCCGGUCUGGAAACUGAGCUUCUGUUCAAUGGGAUGAUUGAUACAGGUGAGGCUCCGCCGGUAUGA